AUGAAACACAACAUAGACGAUCCAACUAGCAAGCAUCAUCACAGACAUAGACACAAACUUGCCGACACAUAUGAAUAUAAUCCUUACUACACAGUACCUGACUUCCAAAAUAUAUAUUUAGAUAAAGGCAUAGACUUUGAUAUUGUAGCAAUUGAUAAUGAAAAUAAAAAUGAAUGGGUUAAGACACCAAGUGACCAAAUCAGUGAGCUAAAGGACAAGAAACAUCAACAUUGGCCCAUAAAGAGAGAAGCGGUGAUCGAAGGCGACUUAGUACUCGGUGGUUUAAUGAUGGUUCAUGAGAGAUCGGAGAAUAUGACAUGUGGACCCGUGAUGCCUCAAGGAGGAGUGCAGCCGCUGGAGACAAUGCUAUAUACUCUAGAUAUCAUAAACCACAAAUUAAAAUUAAUACCUGGAGUGGUAAUUGGAGCACAUGUUUUAGAUGACUGUGAUCGAGAUACGUAUGGACUUGAAAUGGCUGUUGACUUUAUUAAAGGAUCGAUUAGCAAUAUCGAUGAUGCAGAAUAUGCAUGCAACGCGACUGCAAUGAGAAAAGUCAUAUCGGGAGUCGUCGGUGCUGCAUCUAGUGUUACGUCAGUGCAAGUCGCCAAUUUACUUAGAUUGUUCAAGAUACCACAGGUUUCGUUCUUUUCAACAUCUCCGGAGCUUUCCAACAAAGCGCGCUUCGAAUACUUCACCAGAACCAUACCAUCAGAUUUACAUCAGGUCCGAGCGAUGGUGGAAAUUGUGAAAAAGCUUGGAUGGAGCUACGUUUCAAUCAUUUACGAGGAAUCCAGCUAUGGAAUAAAGGCUUUUGAGGAGUUAGAGGCUCUAUUAGCACGUAACGGAAUAUGCAUAGCUGUGAAAGAGAAGCUAGUGAAGGAUUCUGGUGUAGCUGAUGAGAGCUCCUACGAUGACAUAGUUCAGAAACUUCUGACUAAGCCCAGAGCACGAGGAGCAAUUAUAUUCGGGUCAGAUCAAGAAGUGGCUGGGGUGAUGCGCGCGGUAGAAAGAGCAAACGCCACUCACUCAUUCUCCUGGGUUGGAUCGGAUGGAUGGAGCGCAAGGACCUUGGUUUCUGAUGGUAAUGAGAGAGCUGUAGAAGGCACCAUUAGUGUGCAACCUCAGGCCAAUGAUGUAAUUGGAUUCAAGGAGUAUUUUCUCGGUCUCAAUAUGAAGAAUAAUCGACGAAAUCCUUGGUUUGUUGAAUUCUGGGAACACCAUUUCCAAUGCCGCUACCCUGGGUCUCCUCGAACCCCUUACAACGGUCACCAUAAAAGAAGAUGUUCAGGAAUGGAGCGGCUUACAGUAGAUAACACGGAGUUUGAAAGGCAGCUACAGUUUGUUAGUGACGCUGUCAUGGCUUUCGCAUAUGCUAUAAGUUGUCGUAAAUUAUACAAAAAAGCUAAAGUGGAUUGGCUGGUAUCAUUGCCUGCGUUUGUGAUGGGUCAAGAAAACCCUUACUUGAAACGGCCCAGUGGGAUGAAAAAGGAAGGACGCCUGCCAGAAGCCUGGGAAGAUGGAAUAAAAGGGAUAGCGGUUGGAUUGAAAAAUUGUGGUAAGGAUGAGGGACAAGUGGAAGAAUUGGUUGACGCUUCACUCUUUCGGAGGUCGAGUAAUGUAAAACGUAAUGACAUGAGCUUAUUUUAA